UAAUUUAAAAUUAUUUCAAGGAUGAAACAAUAUUUAGAUCGAUAUCUGUACAUUUUAUUAUCUUGUUUAUAAGUAUUUUUUCAGACUUGCAUAUACAUGUGUGUGUAUUUCUUUUAUCACGUACACAACGGGAUUUUUACCAAAAUGAUUGCCAUCACGGGGAAACUACGAAAUUCAUAAGUUGAGAUUUAAGUUUGUUUUUUCCAUAAUUCAACGAUUACUUGUCAAAUUAUAUGGAAAUUUCGUGGAAAAUUAUAUAGUGUGUCUGUGCGAGUAAUACGAUUAAAUAUGAAAAUAAAAAUUCGCAAUAAAAAUAAUUGUAUCGUGCAUGGAGUGGCGGGAGAUUACAAGUAAAUAUCAGAUCAGCUGAUGAGUGACAACAGACAGACGAAAGCUUAUUGUUCUUGUUCUUGGUUAUGGCGACAAGCAGUUCCGAAGGAUCUUGUACAGCACCUGCAGAUUUUCAGCUUUCGUCUGAGCUGGAAGAUGUUUCAAGUCGUUUAAGUGUAAAUCUAUUAAAGUGUCCACUGUGCCAUAAUAGUCGUCGAAUUUUUUAUUGUCGUCAGUGCAUUCAAAAUGGUGAUUUUAUCCAUUCAACUUCUGUUUAUUCCGAACGAUUUGCAGAUAAACAAUUGCGACUUUUACGGUUGAAAGCUGCAAGGGCCCAAUUGGAAGAAAAAUGCAUGAAAGCUCUUGAAAAACAUAAACAACGGGAUAAACUGAUAUGUGAUAUAAAUACUUGUAAAGAAAGAGUUAGGUUGCUCCAGUCAUUAGUGAAUGAAACCAGGCAAAGUAUAAAUAGAGGUAAUCAACGUUUAAAUGUUCUCAAAGAUGUAAAUUCUCAGUUAGCACUUAGAUUACCCAGACAUGAAGAACGAGUAGAAGAGUUACAUCGUUAUGUUAAUGGUUUGAGAGCGAAACAAGAAAAACAAAAACAAGCUGUAGAUAGAAAAAGACAACAACUAAAAAAAGUUAUUAGAACUGCUACAAAACAAUUGAUUCAAUAUAUUUUUCCAUUAUCUAAAGUACAACCUAAUAGAAGUUUAUGUAGUAGCGAGGAAGAUGCUAGUUCAGAUGUUGUAACAUGUGCAUUAGCAGAUGCAUCUGGAACAUCAUAUGUUAGAGGCAGAUGGGUUAAUGAUACAGACAAUGCUUUAGAAGUUCAACAUCGUAUAGUAGCUCCAACUUUACCAGGAACUGGUGAUUACAGUGCUUAUUCUUUAUGGGUGGCAGCAAAUAAGGAUGGAGUGCCAGGUGCAAAUAAAGAAACUGCAAUGCAUAAUCCAGCAUACAAUAUCAGUGCUGCUUUAACUUAUGCUACACAGUUAGUUAAUAUUAUUGCUUAUUAUGUUAAUGUAAGGCUGCCAUAUAAACUUGCUUAUGGAGAAUUUUGUGGAAACGAAAUGUCAGAUCAAAAAUUUGCAAGAAAAGUAGCAAGACUUAAUAGUAAUGUUUUACAUUUAUGUUUUACACAAAAUACUAAUAUCACAGUUUUACAUCCAAUGCAUACUUUGCAAAACUUGAUGCAUCUGCUCAAUACGGAAAUUAGUGAUCUUGGAAGAAUUGGUCCAAUGGAAGUUGAUCCAAACAUUGUAGCACAAUUGCACAGUCACUUAAUUCCAGAUUUAGAAAAUAGUGACGAUUCUGCUUCAGAUGAAGAGGAAGAUGCUUUUAAUUGGGAAUGGGAGGCUGUACCAAAUGUUGCUUGUCCUGAAAUGGCAGUUCCCAUUCCUGGUGCAAUGAUUAGUCAACAAUCUUCCAGUAUGCAAGUGAAUCAAAGUGUUGCUGGUGGUUUAGUUACAAGUGCUGCAGCAAGUAUAGCCUCCAUCUGGCGUGGAUGGACAACAAACAAAUAGACUGUUUUAUUCAAUUAACGAACUUCUUUUUAUACAAGAUAUAAAUACGUAUGUAAACGUAUAUGUAUUAAAAGACACAAAUACUGACAAUGUUUUAAAAAAUA